AUGGCGGGCAAGAAGAAGAAGAAGAACAAAUCGCGCGGGAACUCGAACUCGCGCCCGAACUCGCCGCCGCGCGCGCCGAGGACGGCCGAUCCCGCGCCCGCUUCCAGCAGCGACGACGGCACGACGGCAGAGCAAAAGAUGAUCGCGGAAUUGGAGGCGCAAGUGCAGGCGCGGAACUCCCCGGGGGGAUCCCCCGCCUCCGCGAUCGCGUCCGCGAUCGCGUCCCCCGCGGACGCCGCGACCGGCGCGCCCACGCCGCCGCCGGAGCCGCCCGCGCCGGACCCGUGGCCGAAGGUCUCCGCCGAAUCGCGCGACGCGUGGCUCGCGGAAUUCGACGCCCUGAACGACACCGGCACGGAGUCCUUAGAGGGCGGGAAGAUCGUCGAGGUCCUCCUCAGAGCCGGCGUCCCGAACGAAACCCUGCGCGUGAUCUGGGACCUCGCGGACGAGGACCAGGACGGGAAGAUGUCCGCGGACGAGUACGUCAUCGCGAUGUACCUCACCGAGCGCGCCAAGGCGGGGGUUUCCCCGCCCGUGUCGCUGUCGGAGCUCCCGGACGACACGUUCGAUCCGGACGCGCGCGGGGCGGCGUCUGAAUCGGCGGAGAAGGAGGAAGAGGAAGAGGCGUCUGAAUCCGAGUCGGAGUCGGAGUCGGAGUCGGAGUCGGAGUCGGAGGACGCGCCCGCCGCCCCGGAGGCGGCGCACGACGAGACGGAAGUCCCCGCCAAGAGAUCUCCACCCGUCGUCGAGAAGGUCAAGAGCGCGAAAGAGAAGCCGGCGGCGGCGAAGAAGGACAAAAGGAAGUCCUUGGACGCGAUCGUCUCUCCGAACGCGACUUCCGCGGAGCUGAGGAGGGUGCUCAUGACGUACAAAACGCGCGCGGAGGACGCGGAGAAGGCGUCCAAGGCGGCGAAAUUCCGCGCGGACGGCGCCGAGCUCGCGGCGUUGACAUACGAGGAGCGAGCGAGGGCGGCGGAGGACGCGAUGGAGGCGAUCCUGGAGGAGAAGAGCGCGCAAGAGCAGGAGAUUGAAGCCGCGGGCGGCGCGGCGGCGGCGGCGACCGCCACCGCCGCGGAGGAGAAGAAGCGCGCGAAGGACGCCGUCGCGUUCGCGCAGAGAGCGAACGAGGCGGUCAGGCGGGCGCUCGCGCAGGCGGCGGCGGCGGAGACGGACGCGCGCGCGUUCAAACGCGGGUUCAAGAAGAUGAUCGCCAUCAUGCGCUCCGAGCCGGAGCAGCGCGAGUUUUUGAUGAACCCGACGUUCGAGCUCGACUCUGAAUCGGAGGCGUCGGACGACGACGACGACGACGACGACGACGACGGCGGCGACGACGACGACGGCGCCGACGUCGUCGCCGCCGGGUUCGAGACCCUGCGCGGGUUUCUCGUCGAACAAGCGGAGGAGCUUCGCGAGUUGCGGCACCGGUACGAAGGCGACGGCGGGAUCCUCGGCAUCGCGAACGCGCCCGCCAACUCCCGGGCGCGGAAGCUCGCGGAGGACGCCGCGAACGCCGCGGCGGUGGUGCGAACCCCCGGGGCCGCCGUCGCCGUCUCCCCCGGAAGCGCGCUCGGGACCCACGCGUCGACGGGGGGCAGCCCGUCCGCGUUCGGCGCGGGCGAACACGGGUUCUCGCGCGCGCUCAAGGGCAUGGACAAGGACGAGCUGUGCUCCGAGCUCGAACGCUUGCGACGGUACACGUACCGCCUGCAGAGGAAGCUCGAGGACGCGCGACGCGCGGCGACGCAGAGCGAGUACAAGGCGGCGCGCGCGGCGGAGGAGAGAGACGACGCCGUCGCGUACGCCGAGCGCAGAGCGCAGACGGCGCUCGCGGACCGAGAGGACACGGAGAUCAAGGCGAAGCUCGCCGCCGCGGAGGCGCAGCGGCUGCGCGAGGAGGGACAGAACCUGCGCACGGUGAACCGCGCGCUAUCGAGGCAGGUGGACGCCGUCGCGGGCGUCGGGGCGUCGCCGCGCGCCGCCGUCGCGGAAGCCGCGGGGCUCUCCGGGCUGGGAUCGCGGUCCCCGCGAGGGAGCGACGCGGGACGCGACUUCACUCUGGCGUCGCCGUCCUCCGCGAUCGCGCGCGACUCCGUGACGAAGUUCCAGCGCGGACCGGACGGCGUGGACGCGUACCUGCGCGAAGCCGCGGCGGCGGCGGCGGCGGCGCGCGCCGCCAUCGACGGCGUGGACGCGAUCGAAGCCGCCGCGCGGUCGAUCGAGGCCGCCGCGCGCGUCGGCGACCAAGAGUCCGUGGAGAACUGGAAAGAAGUCGUCUGGGCGCUGAGAGGCGAGUCGCCGCCGCCGGAGGCGAUCGAGGGAUUCAAGAUUGCCCGACCGCGGACGCCGCCGGAGCCGGACGACGGGCUGCCGCCGAUGCCGAACUCGACGCCGACGACGCGGAGACCCGCCGCGAGCGCGGUGAGUCCCUCGUCGGCGUCGGCGCCGAAGCCGCGCCUCCAAUCCGUCGCGGUCGCGAGCCCGUCGUUCGUCGCGCCGGCCGCGCGCUCGCCGGGUUCGUCCUCGCGUCGCUCCUCGCAGAUGUUCUCCCCGACGGGGGGCGGCGCCGCGCGCGAACGCGACGUCCGCCGCGCGGCGACGCCGGAGUUCUUGCGCGCGGCGCGCGCGGCGUGGGACGCGCAGAUCGCCGCCGCCGUCGCGGAGGAGGAAGCGGAGAACGAGCAGCUCUCGGCGAUGGAGUCCGAGCUCGUGCGAACCGGCGCGAUGGCGCCGAACCCGCUGCGGUUGCCGUCCCACAUGCGAGUGAAAUCGACGGAGAAGACGGCGAAAGACGUGGACGCGCUCGUGGAGCGGCUCAAGGACACGCUGCACGAGAACGGCGCCGACGUGUCGCUCGUGCGAAAAUCGGAUUUCAAAUACGUCUUGUCCUCGGUCGAAGACGCCGCCGCCGGGGGCGGCAAGGCGUCCGCGGAGCGCGUCGUCGGCGGAAGCAAGAACUACUUCAAGUCCUUCGGCGCGGCGCACGCGCGGCGCGACGCGGACCGCAAGCGCCCGGACCCGAUGAUCGUCGUCCUGAAGAUGGAGAACCACGCGCUUCUCGUGUACAAGGGCGCGACGGCGCGCGCGGCGGAUUUAUUCGACGUGGUCGUCAAGUACGCCACGCCGACGCCGACGCCGAGGUCGGUCGGUCGCUCGCGAGGCGCGAAGGAGAACGCCAACCCGUUCGCGCCGUCGUUCUACGGCGGGUCCCUCAGCGGGUCGCCGUCCGUCGCCGCGGAGACGCACCUGAGGUACGACGCGUCGUUGGCGGCGUUCACCGGUCGCGAGAAGCCGCGGAGCGCGGCGGCGGGGACGGGGACGGGGACGGGGACGGGGACGGGGAUCCCUCCGCCGAAGAUUCCUCUGCCGGCGGGCGGCGCGUCCGCGUCCGCGUCGUCGGGGCAUCACAAGGAGAAGAAGCGUCGGAGCCGGAGCAAGCAGCCGUCGCCGCGGUACGCGUGAUGGACGGGACGGGACGGGACGACGCGAGCGCGAGACGCGUUCGGCCAGCGACGCGGCGCCGUCGGCUUCUUUUUAAUCGCAUCCGUCGCGUCCCCGACCGCCGUCGGGAGUUGUAUUACAGUACCGAGUUCAUC